AUGGACGAGAAGCGAAUCGCCGACUACUUUGUGUUGUCCGGCAUUUCGGGCGAAAGUGGUGUCACUUUUGACGAGAGCUUAUCGCAGGAGAGGCUAUCGGUGCCGAAGUCCGUGCAGACGCCGUCCGCCCCCAUCACCGACAUAACAGUCAUCAUCCGAAGUGCUGGUGAAGUGGUGCCCAACGGCUACACGUGUAUAGAGUUGACGCCAAUGGGCUUCCCGGCGGACCUGAACCACGGAAGCCUCCGGAGUCCCAGUCUUUUCAUUUGCUACAAACGAGGCAGAGAUAAGCCGCCGCUCGUCGACAUCGGUGUCCUCUACGAGGGGAAGGAGCGGGUGAUGGCCGACAGCGAGAUCGUCGAGAACACCUUCUACGGGAAGCCCGCGAAUGUCAAUAACAGCGGUUCCCGAACUUUCCUCACCUUCCGGAGGGCCCGCGAUAACGCCCCCUGCAAUCAGUUAGUGGUUAAGGAUAUUUGUGUCAUUUUAGCCAAUAAGGGAGAGUCACCCCCUCAUGCCUUCUGUCUCAUCAAUAAAAAUCUCAAUAAAGGAAUGGUUGGUUCGGAUGUGUUUAUAUGCUAUAAGAAGUCAAUGAAUCGACCGCCUCUGCUAUGCUAUAGACCGUCAAUCAUAAGUCGGUUCCCAUUAGACGAUUACCCGCAUUAUUCACUACCGGAAUCGGUGUCAUUAUUUUGUUUCCCAAUGGGGGCCACAAUAGAGUGUUGGCCCAAACGGGCACAACAGCCUAAGCCUAUAUUUUCGACAUUUGUCUUAACGUCAGACUCGGCUGAGAAGGUGUACGGCGCGGCCGUCACUUUCUAUGAGCUUCUGGUGGACCACAGACUCAGUGACAAAGAAUUAUCGCAUUUGACUUAUGGUACAGAAGAGGACAGACUCACCAAAUCAUUGCAUAGAAUCAAAUCGAUAUCAAUCCUGAGUCGGUGGCCUUUUUUCGACACUUUUGAACGAUUUUUAUUGUUUUUAUACAAGACUUUUGUCACAUCGGCGGCGACGCCUCAGAAGAUCCCUUUAGAGCGAUAUAUCUCUAAUUUUAUGCUAGAAAUCCCGUUUCCAUUACCGAAUAGACCCAAGAUUUUGGUCCAAUUGGGUGCCAAUGCGGACGAAACGGUGCUUAUAUCACAGCCACCAGAGUAUAUGCCUUUGGCUCUAACGGGCGCUUCAUUCACACAAAUGCUUAGGAAUUUAGGCCCAGAAAACUGUUUGCAUGUAUUGCUGUUUGCAUUAACUGAACAAAAACUAUUAUUACAUUCGUUACGACCGGAUGUGUUGACAAGUGUUGCCGAGGCUGUUGUCACAAUGAUAUUCCCGUUCCACUGGCAGUGCCCUUAUAUACCGAUGUGUCCGAUAGGCUUAUCAGAUGUACUCAACGCUCCCCUUCCCUUCAUAGUUGGCGUCGACUCCCGGUAUUUCGAUCACUUUGAGCCCCCCAUAGACGUGGCAUCAGUUGAUUUGGACACCAAUUCUAUCUAUUUAUCUGAAAGCAAACGUCUCUUUAAUCCUAAAAUUAUGCCAAAAAAGCCCACAAGAGUUCUCAAGCAAACACUCGAAAAGCUUUUUGAACGCUUAGUCCGGCCCAUACCCGCUGCUAACGGCGCCUACGGUUCGGCACAAAAAUCCAGAACCAAUUUAUUCAAUGAUAAUAUUAGGCUAAAGAAAAUGGAGAGGAAAUUAGAGUUUGAAAUCCAAGAAGCGUUCAUCCGAUUCAUGGCAACCAUUCUUAGAAAUUUUCGCUCAUAUCUACUACCGAUAACUCGUGCGCCGACUGUCGGGGCCACUGAUCCCACCUCUCUGUUUGAUAUGCAAGGGUUUCUUAAGUCUCGCGACAAAAAUUAUCACAAAUUUUAUUCAUCAAUAAUGAAGACCCAAAUGUUUACGCGUUUUAUCGAAGAGCGAUCAUUCGUUUCCGACAAAAACAUAAGUUUAGCCUUUUUUGACGAGUGCUCCGAAAAACUGGAGUCAAUGGGAGAUUCCGUUGACUCCAAUUCAUUGCGUUUAUUAGAUUUCGGUGAUUAUAUACACAGCGAUCAGACAGUCUUCAUACCUCCGCCCGAACCCAUUUCCGCCGACGAUGAGUACACAUAUCAAGAGUUCGGUCCAUUAGAUCCCCUCCUAUUCCAUAAAAUGCCAACUUUUCCUACAUUAUCACGAAUCGGAUCCCUUAUCAACGAGAGCGAAGUGGGACUCUCAGAGAACUCAUCAAUCAUUGGUCCGUCGAGUCCUAUGUCUAAGCGAACCAAACAAGAGAUAAGAAGUGCACAAAAGAUCGCUCGAAGACAUGCCGACUCACCCAUGACGUGGUCCAAGUGCCUCUUAAGCUAUUGCUAUAGUCUAUGGUUUCAUCAUUUGCCGGCUUAUGUCAAAGCAAGCGCUGCAUUCAAACCCAAACCAUUAAGCAUUGCCUUCGAUGUACUCUUGCGGAUGCAAUCACUCGGCUUUCAUCCGUCCGAUGAGGUCUGCUAUCGUGUUAUGAUCGAUCAGACAGUCUUCAUACCUCCGCCCGAACCCAUUUCCGCCGACGAUGAGUACACAUAUCAAGAAUUCGGUCCAUUAGAUCCCCUCCUAUUCCAUAAAAUGCCAACUUUUCCUACAUUAUCACGAAUCGGAUCCCUUAUCAACGAGAGCGAAGUGGGACUCUCGGAGAACUCAUCAAUCAUUGGUCCGUCGAGUCCUAUGUCUAAGCGAACCAAACAAGAGAUAAGAAGUGCACAAAAGAUCGCUCGAAGACAUGCCGACUCACCCAUGACGUGGUCGAAGUGCCUCUUAAGCUAUUGCUAUAGUCUAUGGUUUCAUCAUUUGCCGGCGUAUGUCAAAGCAAGCGCUGCAUUCAAACCCAAACCAUUAAGCAUUGCCUUCGAUGUACUCUUGCGGAUGCAAUCACUCGGCUUUCAUCCGUCCGAUGAGGUCUGCUAUCCAAGCGCUGCAUUCAAACCCAAACCAUUAAGCAUUGCCUUCGAUGUACUCUUGCGGAUGCAAUCACUCGGCUUUCAUCCGUCCGAUGAGGUCUGCUAUCGUGUUAUGAUGUUAUUGUGCGGUAUUUACAGCGAACCCGUCUUAGCCGUCAAAGUAUUGUUUGAAAUGAAAGCCCAAAAGAUAACUCCCAAUGCAAUCACUUACGGCUAUUACAAUAAGGCUGUGCUGGAGAGCAAAUGGCCCACCGGUGACACCAAUGGCCAACUAAUGUGGAAUAAGCUGCGAAAUGUGAUCGUAGGUGUGGCUCAGUUCAGACAAAACACACGAAUUAGAGCCACAAAACUGAGUCAAAGCUCUGCGGAAGGAGUGGUGGAAGGAGUGGUGGAAUCGGAGACCAAAACUAAUUCAAUUAAGAGUUCUUCGGAUUACGGAUAUGUGACUAAUACGGAGUCAAUCACUUCUGAACAAAUCCCAGCAGUCAAUGAAAUUGUUAGAGAUUUCAAAGAAUCCGAUGCUUUCAGAGAACGGACGCGAAGUAUUGUGCGAAAGUCGGGUUCAAAACUCAAUUGUUUGCAUGACUUCGACAGCGCUGCCGGUGUUCUCAUGACUACUGAUUUGUCAAAGUUUUGCAAUGGAAUCGAUUGCGACGAGAGUUUUCUUAGGAGAAGACACAAAAGUGCUGAAUAUGACAUCAAAGAUGGGAAUCGAGAAUUGGAUACAAAUGUGAUUUCUUUGAAUUCAAAUUCUCCGAAACCAUACCUCAGAUCAUAUAGUUUUGGAAACGACGAGAAAAUCGUUCAAAAACUAAGACUCGAUGCGCUGAGAGGACUGACAUCGAAAUUGCAACAAAAUAGCGGUGACUUUAAAAGACCACUGACUGUGGAAAAGGAUUCCGAUGUCCACAAAAGGAUCCCUUCUGCGGGAAAUACGUUUAGAAAAGUCGGUGCACUCUCUCGUUGUACUGAAGAUCCCGAAGAAGAAGGUGUCGAUGAAAUUGAUGGUGAAGUGGAAGUGAUGAAGAAUUGGAGACACAAUUUAAGUCAAUCAUUAAUUCCUGAAUCUAAAGAGGUUUGCGAUGAAAAGACUGAUCAAACAGUUCGCGAAUCUUCUGUCACGUCGAGUGACUCUAAACUUACAAAUAAGAGCUCAGAAACGAUUGAUUCCAAUAAGAGUUCCGAGAAAUCAGCGGAUUCUUCAAAAAGCGGUGUUAAUACCAACAAAGAGGGAUUGUCUUCAUUUACCCCAAUAAAGGAGGCGCUCAUGAAUAUGGAACUCUUCUCACCGGAGGGUAAAGUUGCCUCAACUCUUAGGUCCAGUUUUCGAAUCGCCAGUCGAUUUGCAAAGUCUUCGCCCUCUAAUAAGACGACUAUAUCCCGAAGUUCUACAUUUCAUGAGACAAACCAUAGUUCAUCCGAAAAGACACUCAACAAAAUUGGAGCCUUUUUUAGAAGAGAUCUCCAGAAAACGGAAUCCGAUUCGGCGACUCAACUGAAAGGUUUGACGCGUUCCUCAACACUGCCUCCCGUCUCGCCCUCCAAACUAACGGAUAGUAAAACAGAUUUUGAGACUAAAUUUGAGAAAACAAAAACUUCUGAUGUGAUUGAAAGCAAAGAAAGCAUUUCGACUGAAAGUCUCGACGAUUUGGGAACGGAAGACGAUAACAGUAGAGAAAACUCAUUACUUAACCUCAGUUCUCAGUGGACUAACAGAUUGGCGGCCAAUAAACAUUCAGAAUAUGUUUACUCAACCAUUAAAUCUGCGGCCAAUAAUAUGGCCAAUCGUUUCAGUGGAUUGAAGUCUUCAUUGGCUUAUUCGGGAUCCUCUACCACGAGCUCACCUUCAAAGCUGAUGAACACAUCCAAUACGUCAGGUGUGGUGACGGGAGUAGCGACAGGAACGGCAAAUCUGUUGUCUCAAUGGGCGUCACAGUUGGCCGAAAAGUUUCCCUCAAAUUUCGUGUUCGAUGACGACGACUGUGACAGCAAUAACUCGUUUGAUAUGAGAAGAAACAGUUUUGCUUCUGAAGACGACAUGAGUGAGCGGUCCCGUGAAGGCAGUCUGAGCCGCCAUUUCACUGGUUUUGGUAGUAAUUCAAGCACUUCCCCACUGUUUGAACUCUUGGAGAAACACUAUUCUACUUCAUUGGAGCCAAAUGUGCCGACGGUUCCCAUUGUGAUGGAGGUUGUGAUGACUUCGUGUUCGCGUUGUUAUACAUGUUUUGCACUCAUCUAUGACGAGGAGAUUAUGGAGGGCUGGACUCCCGACGACUCUAAUCUGAACACUAACUGUUCGUUCUGUAGUUCAAAGUUUGUUCCGUUACUUACCAUUAUAAUCAAAGACUUAAGAGAUGAAGCAAACGAAGAGAUAAUUGAUCCGAAAGAAAGUGAUUUGAAUGAAUCGUCUGAACAAGUGAUCGAUUCUUCAAAUAGUGAACAAAGCAUUCCUCAAACCAUUAGUCAAAAUGAGAAACAAUUCUCUAAAUCGAAGAGCUCGUCGUCUUUAGAGCCCAUAACUGUCCCCUAUUUGAGUCCAUUAGUGUUGCGCAAAGAGGUUGAGAACGUACUGAGCAAUGAGGGCGACCUGUGUCUCGCCAAACCUGAGUUCGUGGACGAACACCCCAUCAUAUACUGGAACUUAAUUUGGUAUUUCAAACGCGUUAACCUUCCCUCACAUCUCCACGGCUUAUGUCUUUACGCCAACACUUUCAACAAAAAUAAAACACAAAACAUAGAGAAUUUUAAACUUAAUGACUACCAAAAAGUAUCGGUACGUUGUAUGUGGGAUAACGAGAAGCUUCACGAAGACAUUGGAAGCAGUCCUUUGCAUAGACUAUGGCUCGAGUCCUCGUUGGGAUCACCUCUUGUGCACGCGUUGGUCACCGAUGAGCGCAAACUAACGCGAGAAAAGCACUGCUAA